CUCCAUUAGAAAGUGUCUACAGCUUAUAAGGCUUCACUCAAGGUCCCUUUAAAGAACGAAACCUUCCAAUUAACCGAUAUCCCGUGAAUCUUUCCUCAACAUCUCCCGUUUCUGAUCAUUCUAACUAUACACCCAUUUUAGGUAGUUCCUCAGCAAUCCUUCCAAUAGAUUCACUUCAAAUCCCUAAAAGAUAUACGAUGUACGUACGUUAUAUGCAGUUGAAUUCUACAAAUAUUUAAGCAGUAUGCGAAAUAUCAAAAUAGAGGAUAUUUAAUGAGAGGAGUUCAUUAUAUUAAUAAUUCAUAAUAUUUCUAAUAUCAAAUAAAAUUAUAUAUGUGUGAAGAAUCCAUCUAUUUAAUCGCGUUCGUAGAAACACAUAUUUGCAUGAACACCCACAUAAACAGCUGCAAGUAAUAAAGUAUUUAAAGAAUACCACACACAACAUUGCGAUCUUAAAGUUGUUUAUUUGUUGGCAAAGCGUGUACAUAUUCUUAUCAAUUCUGCGUAAUAUCAAUUAAGAACUUCGUACGAUAUAAAUCAAUUAAAAAGGGAGAUACGAUUAUCAUUAAGAAAUAAAAUAAAAUGAAAGAAACGUGUACGGAAAAGAACAUCGAAUCAAUCGUAAGAUUAACGAAACAACCUGUCUACGACGAGUGACGCCAAAGUAGAAUCGUAGAAAGAAGAACAAAGACACCGGUCGCCAGACAUUCUUUCCGGCCGCGCGGGGCUUAGGAAAUUACAAUUUAUCGCUCAAGCUCAGGGUCGUCUCAUAUCAUUCGUCGCAGCGCGGCACAAGCGGUGAAACAAGUGGUCUGAUAUUUAAGCGUGAAUUCUCGUCGAAGUAGUGUUACAUCGAACAGUCUACUGGCUAUCGGUUCACCCUUCGAUCUGAUCGAUAACAAUCGUCAGACAAAUGAAGCGAAAGACGAAGCUCUGCUUGAUCCUGUCCCUUCUGGCUGUUCUGAUAGACAGCCAGGUGGAAGGAAGGAUUUUGACGCAGUGUGAAGCCGUGCAGGAGCUUCAACGAGCUAAAGUCCAAAGAAGCUUAAUCAGCAAUUGGGUCUGCUUGAUGGAGAGCGAAAGUGGAUUGAACACACAAUUGAUCACUGGUCCGAAGACUGCCUCCAGCUACAGUUAUGGAAUCUUUCAGAUAAAUAGCGCCAAAUGGUGUUCCAGAGGACACAGCGGAGGCAUUUGUAACAAACGUUGCGAGGAUUUCGCCAAUGACGAUAUCACAGAUGACAUCGAGUGCGCCAAAAAGAUUCAAAGUAUGGAAGGAUUCAAGGCGUGGGAUGGCUGGAUGAAGAAAUGCAAGAACAAACCUCUGCCUAAUAUUGGGAACUGCAAACGACGUCGACGACGACGACGCGUGACAGUAUGAUUGAAUAUUUUUUUUUUUUUUUUUUGAAUCAGUAUGUACUGUGAUAAAACGAUUGUCAUAGUAUCGCGUCACUGGGGUUCAUGAACUAUUAGGUGUUGGUUGCUAUAAACAUAUAUCAUGUAUAGUCUGUCUGACGUAAGGCUGUUGUUACUAUCAGCACCACCAUUCAUCGCGACCGAUUGUGUAUACCAUAUAGAACGAUGAAGUUUUAUAAUAACUGCAAGUCGUGAUUUGUGAAUGGGAUCACAGGUCACUCUAGUGCGACGUAUAUUGGUGCUUAUAAGUAUGUGGACAGUUUGAUUGAUUUAGAAUAACGAUAUGUUACUCUAGAUUUUUAGCAAAAUGCAUAAAUUAACGAUGAACUGGAAUUUAGGAACAUUGCUCGCUACAUUUUUAUGGCAUCGCCAAACUAUAAAUUUGAAUUGCCUAUUGAGAAACAACAAUAAUAUAUUUUACUACUUAUUGUUGGAAUAUAUACUGCUACAUAAAUUUGCCUUUUAAGUAACGGUAGGUAUGUUAACUUCAGGGCUCUCCUGCACAAUAAUUUAUCAACGAAUAGCAUUUUUCAAAUUGACAAAUCACAAGUUGUAUGCCGUAGACUUUUCUUAAGGAUUUUCUAAUUUUUCAUCAGAAAGAAGAAUCGAACGACCUAUAAUCUAUAAAACUGUCGGGCAAGAUAUCAUUCAGCUUAUCAUUAAACUCGUUGUUAUCAAAAGCGGAUGUUUGGUAAUAUUGUAUUGUCACUUGUGACUUGUAAAGUUAAUAUAAUAGUUCGAUUAUGCAGGAGGGGCAAGGACUUUAUCUAUCGAUUUAGAACACUCCUCUUAAUCUGUUUUAUAAUUUCAAGAUUAAGGAAGCAAGUGGAGAUUAUCAUCCGAAGAUGAGUUUAAGAAACAAUAAAAUAAUUCUAUAAGGUUUGACAACCACGAUGUAAAUUUUAUUAUACUAUCUUUCGAAAAUCAAUCUAAUCGGUUCAAGAUAGAUAUGGUGGUUAUAAAUAUUAGAAUCGUUUAAGUUCGAUUUGUUCGAGAUUUUUCAAUCAAAUCAAAUGCCUGGAUACUUCUAAGCGGUUAUCAAUAUAGUCUACUGCACAUUUCACUGAUAACAGCGAAGAAAUUAUACAUCUAUGUAUCUGCUUUGAUAUGUGUAUCUGUGAAUUUAUGGUGGAUGAAGAAAUAUACGUGUCUAUAAUCGUAAAUUAAAUUUGUUUUGUGCGUCUCUGUUAUGGAGUAGAUUAAGCAUCUAUCAAUGCUUAAUUGUUUGGAUAAUUUUCUAAUUACAGGAAAACGAUUCGUUAAUUCUGCGAAUGUUGUGAUGCGUUUAGUCGCCUCAGGAGGAAGAAUAAUUAUUGUUGCUUGGAAUUUAUCAAACAUUUAGUAAACAUUGUAUUAAGUGGAUUCGAGCAAGUACUGCUAAGUGAAUACAACUUAAGAGUCGCUGUUCUGUUCUAAUAGAAUUAUCGUGGUGAUCACAAAACAGACAGACAAUGCUCACCAAACUUCAGAUUUAAUUUAAUGAAAUAGAGACAUGCAGAAGGUUAAUUUAUUUAACGAAAAGGAUAUUAAACGUUCGAUUCGUACGUAUAAAUUAAUUACGUUAUUUUCGUAUGUAUACAGGGUGGUACAAGCGGAAAGAGGCUGAUUCUACGCGAAAAGAGAAGUCGAAAAUAUAGAAUAAAAAUUUUUCGUUUGAGGCUUUGUUUUCGAGAAAAUCGACUUUGAAUUUUCGCUCGGUACGCGUGCACUUUAUCGCGUCUCGUUAUAACGGAUCUCACUGUAGAUCGUUGUCUCGUAACAGAAACGGAAAAUUAGGAAUACAUAAUGAAAUAAUAUGAAGUAAUCAUAAAGUUUAUUAUUACAAAAAUUGCUGAAAAUGUUACCCAUUCUGCCGAACACAUACUUCUGCUCUUCUAAUUAAAUUUCUAUGAACACUUUCUAACAUAUUUGAUUGUUUUAAGGUAUGAAAGGUUACAAUAAUCUUUUCUUUCAAUUGCUCUCAAUUUGCGAUUUUUUCAGAAUAGACAAUUGAUUUAAUAUGGCUCCAUAAAUAAAAGUCAAGCGGCGUUAAGUCAGGAGAGCGUGGUGGCCAAGCUACUGUUCCAGCACGACCAAUCCAGCCUUGGUAAUGUUGGUUUAAAAAAUCUCUCACAUGACGACUAAAAUGUGGCGGUGCAUCGUCUUGUUGAAAAAUUAAACUUCCUCUAGUUCUCAGCGGUACAUCUUCUAAUAAUUCCGGUAGUUUGUUUUGUAAGAAAUCGAAAUAUGCUGCUGACGUUACAUUUCCUUCGAAAAAAUAUGGCCCAAUAAUUAGAUGUCCGAUUAUGCCAGCCCAGACGUUUACGUUCCAUCUUACUUGAAAAUGUGUUUCAAGAAUAGAGUGAGGAUUCUCAUUUUGCCAAUUAUGCAUGUUAUGGACAUUGAACAUGCCGUCCCUUGUAAAUUUCGCUUCAUCGGUUCAUAAAAUUUUUAACAGCAAUUCUGCAUCGUUGGCAUGCUGUUGAAGCAACCAAUGACAAAAUGCCUUUCGCGAAAUCUUAUUAUGAGGCAUGAGUCCUUGUACUCUGGUGAUAUGAUAAGCAUGUAAGUUUUUUUCAAAAGAACCAUAUUCGCCGAGGGUUCGUUCUGCUCUUUGAAUAACACGUCUGUCAGGAUGUCGACGAUUGGGAUACCGGUGUCUGUAAUGAUCAGCUGCGGCUGAUGCUGUAUGUAGACAUGAUGGUAGACUAAUAGAUACUGAUAGUGGAUAGCGGCAAAAGUCGGAUAGUAAGUUAAUAGGUAGGAAAACACUUCGGUCACAUUGGAAGUGUUUAUCAACAUAACGUCAAUCGAGACAACGAUCUGCAGUGAUAACGAGACGUGAUAAAGUGCACGCGUACCGAGCGAAAAUUCAAAGUCGAUUUUCUCGAAAACAAAGCCUCAAACGAAAAAUUUUUAUUCUAUAUUUUCGACUUCCUUUUUCGCGUAGAAUCACCCCCUUUCCGCUUGUACCACCAGUUGCCAACCACCCUGUAUAUUAUGUAUAGAAAUUACUCCAUCGAUACGCAGAGUAUUGAGAAAUAUCGAAGAACAAGACUUUGCGAUAAUCGAUAUUGAUGCAUAUCAUAUAUAUUAAUUAUUAAUUAAUUGAAAUUUUGUUAUUAUUUACGUUAUGAAUAUGAUGCGUCUCUCUUGGCUGCUAUUAGCGUGUAACACGUGUGGAAUGAAUUUCAUUUCACCAGAAGAGUAAACUGGUACUUUUGCCACAUAACUAUAACAAAUAUUACUAUAACAAAUAUUAUAAUAUGAGAAAGACGAAGAAUCUAUAUGAAAAUCGUUGCUAGUUUAGUACAAAAAGCAAUAUUUUUAUAAAUAAGCAUCUUAAGACGACUCAAGUACCAAUGCUCACCAAGUACGGAGCGUAACGUUACUCUUGAACAAAGUUUGUAACUAUAUGUGACAUUAUUCCGUUUUGCGUAUAGACUUUUAUUUGCGAACACUUUACAUACUGUCUAUUAGACAUUACUUGUACUUAAAUAACGAUGUACUAUAAAAGAUAUCUAACAAUGCAAAUUUUCCAACUUGCAUAAUCGAUUAUGCAAUUGGUUAAGACGCUGGAAUUGUUUCAUUAAGCUUUAAAUAAAAUUUCUUUAUUAAAUAA